AUGCUUAGAGUAUCGAGAAGAAAUAUAACUUCAACUGAAGGUUUGAGGAUGAAAAUUGAGCUAGGAAAGAAGAUCUGCGGGCACCUCAAUUUAUACAGAAGACUUUCACAACAGUUGCACAAUCAGAUAGCAAAAAAGAUUGAAAAACACUCGACUUGUGUACAAUGCAGUGGCGAUGAGAAAAUGAAACUAUUGAAGUUUUCAAGUCAUAAUUCUGAAAAGGGAAAUUCACUUGCUGAAUGUUGA